AUGGAACCGUCAGCGGUACAAGAGAAUGUUUCCGUGAAGGCUGAGCCCUGUGAGGCGUGUAUAACAGACAAGCCGUCGAUCGAGGAAUCGUUUGUGAAAGAUGAACCUUUGCUGGAUGACGUGUGUGUAAAAGACUCCAGGUGCGAUGGCGUGUCUAUAAAAGCCGAGCCCUCGUGCUCAGAUGUGAGUGUGGAUGACGAAUCGCUUGGCGUGAGCGCGGCGGCCGCGGCGGCGGAGCUGUACGCCGAUCACGUGGUGAAAGAUGAGCUCGUGCUCGGCCCCGUGCUAGUGGAGCGGCGCAUGCGCCACGCACCAACAGGACCCACUCCACAGAAGACACCAACAAGUAGACUCGAAACUUUUCAAUGUGCCCACUGCCAAUACGCAACAUUUAGAAAACCAAGCUUAAUUAGUCAUUUGAUGAAACAUACUAGUGAAAAGGUAUACAAGUGUUACCAGUGUACCUUUUCUUGCAGCUACAAGAGUCUUAUGCAAGUUCAUGUAAGGACACACACGGGUGAAAAGCCUUAUACAUGCGAACAAUGUAGUUAUGCUAGUGCCCACCAAAGUGAUUUGCGACUUCAUGUAGAGACUCAUUCUAAUGAGAAACGUAACCAGUUACAAAACAUCUUUACUAAUCCAUAA